CACGACUAGUACGGAGAGGGCGCGUGGAUUUGUUGCAGUGCAGGAGAAAGGAAGGGAGAGCCCGCCGCCGUCUCCGGAGGAGGUGGAGGAGGAGACCUCUGCCGCCGCCAGUAUGGCGGUCAUGGCGGAGGUGGGGCCGGAGGAGGCGCCGCGCCGGCGGCCGCCGCUCCCCGUGGAGGCUCUCCGCGACAGGAUCGUCGAGAAGGUCAAGGAGAACCGCGUCACGCUGAUCGUGGGGGACACUGGAUGCGGAAAGAGCUCUAUGGUUCCCCAAUUUCUCCUAGAAGAAAAUCUAGAACCCAUCAUGUGCACACAGCCUAGGAGGUUCGCAGUGGUAGCCAUUGCUCAGAUGGUAGCUGAAUUUCGCAAGUGUCAGGUAGGAGAAGAGGUUGGAUAUCAUAUAGGGCACUCAAAUGUGUCAAAUCUCAAUUCAACAAGGUCAAAAAUUGUUUUCAAAACAGCUGGUGUUGUGUUGGAGCAAAUGCGUGAUAAGGGUAUUGCUGCAUUGAAAUAUAAGGUUAUUAUUCUUGAUGAAAUACAUGAAAGGUCUGUUGAAUCUGAUCUUGUCCUUGCUUGUGUCAAGCAGUUUAUGACGAAAAAGAAUGACAUAAGGUUGGUUUUAAUGUCUGCCACUGCUGAUAUCACAAGAUAUAAGGAAUACUUCAGAGAUAUUGGAAGGGGCGAAAGGGUUGAGGUGAUUGCCAUUCCAAGCAGUCCACGUACUCGCAUUUUUCAGAGAAAAGUCCUAUACCUUGAGCAGAUUGCUGAUAUUCUGGAGAUGAAUUCUGAGUCACUUUCUACAAAAUAUUGCUCUGGGGUGUAUGCUGAUGCUGAUGCUGGUCUUAACCCUGAUGUGUAUCAACUCAUCCACAAGUUACUACUUCACAUACACCAGAAUGAUCCAGACAUUGAAAAGAGUAUUUUGGUUUUCCUUCCUACAUACUAUGCGUUGGAGCAGCAGUGGAUCCGUCUGCUGUUUAGUUCAGAUUUCAAGGUGCACAUUCUUCAUCGCAGCAUUGACACUGAUGAAGCACUUCAAACUAUGAAGGUCUCAAAGUCUUGCCGAAAGGUCAUACUGGCAACAAACAUUGCUGAAUCAUCUGUCACUAUUCCAGGAGUUGCUUAUGUUAUUGAUUCCUGUAGAUCAUUGCAAGUCUAUUGGGAUUCAAUCAGGAAAACAGAGGCAGCUGGGCUUGUAUGGGUUUCCAAGUCACAGGCUGAGCAGCGGAAAGGCAGGACGGGCCGAACAUGUGAUGGUCAAAUUUAUCGCUUGGUAACCGGACCAUUUUACAAAAGUUUCGAUGAUCAUGAACAUCCUGCCAUUUUAAGGUUAUCGUUAAGAGAACAAGUGCUCAUGGUUUGUUGUGCAGAGUCCAGAGCUAUGAAUGAUCCAAAUGUCUUGCUGCAAAAAGUUCUCGACCCACCAAAUUCGGAUGUUAUUCAAGAUGCAUUAGACUCACUUGUUCAAAUUCAAGCAUUGGUUAAGCCAACUUCUCCUAGAGGGCGCUAUGAGCCCACUUUUUAUGGCUGUUUGCUCAAUAGCUUGCCAUUGUCAUUUGAUGCUUCUGUUCUUACCCUGAAAUUUGGUGAGGUUGGUGCUCUCCAUGAAGGAAUUCUGUUAAGCAUUAUGUUGGAUAUCCAACCACUUCCUAUCCUGCAACCUUUUGGCCAUCAAGCGUUGUGUAAGAUGUUCAGAGACAAUUACUUUGAUGAGAGUGGCAAGCUGCAAGUUGGUAAGAAGGAAGCUACACUCAUUGGAAACCUCUGUGCAUUUCAAUUUUGGCAGCGAAUGUUUAAGGACAUGUAUCGACUUGAGUAUCUGAAAAAUGUGGUGAGCACCCAAGAGGCGACAGCAUCUCAUCCCUCCAUCUCUAAACCUGAAGAAGUGUGGUGUGCAUUUCAUAACCUUGUGCCAGGAGCACUGAACAACAUCUCCGAAAUUUAUGAUGAUGUUAUGAGCACGCUGCACCGUUUUAGGCCGAGUUUUCUUGGGAAAAUUAAUCCUCCAAUGUACCUUCAGCCUUCUGAAUUCCACCAUGCAUGUCUUCACCAUGAAGUACUUGAGAUAGAGGAUAUGAAUUCACUCUUGUUGGAAGCUGAGAAUCCUCACUUAGAUUCACAGAUGAAGUGUGCUGCAACCCCUUAUGUUUCUCCAACUGAUUUUGGGGCCGCUCUGACUGUUGUAAUACUGCAGACGCUCAUCAAGGAGAUGAAGACACAACUUGCAGAGGACAAGAAAGUUUCUUGUAGAGAACAAGUUCCUGGUUAUGUUAAACAGGCAUUUGAAAGUGAGAUGUGUGUGUUCUUUGUUCGUGGAUCUUGUACUCGAGGGGACACAUGCCCCUUUUCUCAUUCGUCUCGUGCCCGCAAACCAGUAUGCAUGUUCUUUCUCACAUUACAGGGUUGUAGAAAUGGUAACUCUUGCUCAUUUUCACAUGAUUCUGGUUCCUUGAAGUCUUCAUCUAUGACAUCUGGAAUAUGCUCUCAAGAAGACAAAGCCACCUCAGUAUGUUGUAAAAAGUUACUGCCUGCAGGUGGAGAUGGGUAUAUUCUUGUCAUGAAUGACAAAAAUCUGCAGUUCUCUUGUAAACUUUGUCACUAUUAUGACCCCAGUAAGAUAGUUGCAUGUACGCCUGGUCUGCAUUCUGUUGAGCCGGAUUUAGUGACAAACGGCAUCUUGAUACUCCAGAAUGUGGCUGAUCCAUCUCAUCUAAUUAUUGGCGGUGAACAUAAACUACCAGUUCCAUGGGCAAAACUACAGCGAGUUUUAUGGUUUGCUGAUUUUGAUUCUGAUGAAUCAAUCAAUGAGAAAGUUCUCUUGCAGAAGUUCUUUGAGAAUAUUGCCAUCAAGACCUUGUCAGAAACAUUGUCUAAUUUGCAGGUCAUCUUGAUCAUGAAUAACACAAAAUUUGUUCACUUGCAGGUGGAUAGAUUGGCAAGGGAAUGCUUCUUUUUUCUGAGUGAAUCAUUUAUGUUCGACGAAGCAACCCUCGGAUGGUUUACAGACACCCCCAGCUAUCCGAAUGGGAUGCAAGUAUCAGCACCAGUUGCUUACCUAUUCAACAUGCAUCCUCCUACUAGCAUUCAGUUUGGUGAUUAUCCAGCAGAACUGCGCAAAGGCUUACGCAAGUGCUAGUUCGGCCAGUGCAGGUUUGCCAAAUGUGAAUAGCUAGGUCAGAUACGAGCCCCAUGUCAUCUGAAUUCUUCCACGCUAGAGAAUUUUGCCCGUGUAGUAGAGGUACUAUUGCAGUGACCAACGUUGGCUCAACUUUAACUUCUGUGAGAGGCCAGAGGUUAAGUCAGCUCCAUAAGUUACUUGGAGUGUCGAUGUGGAAGAUGUUGGUACGGAGGGAGCUUCGCAAGGUCAAAUCCUGGACCAUUUGAAUUUUUUUCGUUUUUCUGGGGUUUCUAUGUGAUAAGAAAAUUGCUAAUUGCACUUCUGCAGAAACGAUCUGGAUAAUGACAUGUUUGUUAGUCAAAGUUUGCCGCUCAUUUAACUUCCUUU